GCCACGCUGUGUGUGCACAUGGUGCUGCAGGAAGUCUCUCCUGAGCUCUGAGUUGGUGAUUGUUGUUUUCUUUUUCUUUCUGCUAACAGAAUCUGUCAGCCAUGGGAGGCCAGGCAAAAGGGAAAAAAAGCAACAAACCCAAGAGGAAGCAGAAAGGGGGACAUGGGGGACCUGAUCUUUGUGGCUUGUCAGCACAGGAGAGGAUUAAAAUUAACAUGCAAAAAAAGGCAAAGAAAAAAACAGCUGAAAAGUACACUAUUACACAACUAUUAGAAAAGACUGAAGAGUACUUGGAUAGUUUUAAUUACGAGAUGGCCCAGCUCUUUUGUCAGAGAGCACUAGACAUCGAUCCAACCAAUUUAGAUAUAUUGGAUAUGAUGGGGAACAUCUGCAUGGAGCUGGGGGAUGCAGAGAAGGCCAAACAGGUUUUCUUAACAGCUGUAGAGCUUAGCCCUGACAAAGGACAUGCCAAAUAUAUGUAUCUUGGACAGAUACAUUGCAAAGAGGAAGCAUUACAGUACUUCAGUAAGGGAUUAGAAGUUAUGAUCAGUGCUUAUCAAAGUCAGCCACAAGUGUCUGGUGCAGCGAGGUAUCCUGAUGAAAUGGAAAUCACUGCGAAGGAUAUUGCGACAGCUUUUUGCUCUGUAGCGGAGAUUUAUCUUACUGAUCUUUGUAUGGUGGAAGGCGCUGGUGAUAAAUGUAAGGAAACCAUUCUAAAAGCCUUAGAAUAUGAGCCGACCAAUGCCGAAGCCCUUCAACUGAUGGCGAGUUACCUCUUCAGCAUGGAACAGAUCCAGGAGGGGAAGGUGUAUCUGUUAAAGAGUGUAGAGCAAUGGUUACCGAGUAUUCAUAAAGAGGCAGGCGAUCCCCUCGGCCAGGAUGCUCUUAAUGCAGAAUUGUCAGAGACUGUUUUACCCGCCUAUGAAUCCCGCAUCACGACUGCCAAGCUCUUAAUAGAAGCAGAAGAAUAUGAGGUUGCCUCGGAAAUUUUGGAGGUCCUGCUUGAAGAGGAUGAUGAAGUAAUCCAGGUAUGGUAUCUGCUGGGAUGGGUAUGUUAUCUUCAAGCCAAGGCACCCGAUGAGGAAGACGCUUUCAAGGACUCUGCCAAGACGUAUCUGAGAAAAGCCAAAAAGCUGUACAACAAGCUGAAAUGCGACGAUUCACAACUACUGGAGCAUGUCGAACAGAUAUUAAGCGAACUGGGUGGUGGUGGUGAAGAGCUGGAAGAUUCUGAUGCAGAGAAAGAUAUACUUGAGAAUGUUGAAGAUGAUUUUAUACAAUCUAGCGAAGACGAAGAUGAAGCCAUGGAGUGCUGAAUUAAUUUUCUACAAA